AUGACACCGUUAACGUUUCUCGCUUCUUUUUGCCUCCCAUCGUUUAGAAAUUCCACUUCCAAACCGCGGAACGAAAACUCUCUUUGCUCCUCAUUCUACCCAUGGCUCCGAGUUUCAUAUUCGAAGCACCCAGCGAUGAAGAACCCGAGUUCGAGGAAUCCGAGGAAGAAGACAAUGAAGAAGCAGAGGAAGAAGAAGGAGCAGAAGCGGAAGAGAAACCUUCUAAACCGAAACGCAAGUCUCAAUCCCCAUGGGACUUCGCUUCUUACUCCGAAUCCGUUGCAGAAGAACACGCACGCCGUGGAACCACCUCCGUCGAUUUCAAAAUCUCCAAAAUCCUCCAACAAAGCUCUGCUCCAGAGCAGCAAGAGGAGAUCUCCGAUUCGGAACCCGACAAACAAGUGGAUUAUAGAUCAGAAGAUGAUGAUGAGGAAAAGAGCAAUGCAGGUGAGAGUAAAUCGUUCUUCGCGCCAUCUGAAGGAGCGUCCUUUCAUGCAAAUUCUUUCAUGGAGCUCAAUCUUUCGCGCCCUUUGCUUCGAGCUUGUGAGGCGUUGGGUUACACUAAGCCUACACCUAUCCAGGCUGCAUGUAUACCCUUAGCCUUGACCGGGCGCGAUAUAUGCGGGAGCGCAGUUACUGGUUCUGGGAAGACGGCUGCCUACGCGUUACCUACACUAGAAAGGCUGCUAUUCCGUCCUAAACGGAUUUCAGCGAUACGGGUUCUUAUCCUUACGCCGGCGAGAGAGUUGGCGGUGCAGGUUCACAGUAUGAUAGAGAAACUUGCUCAGUUUACUGAUAUUAGAUGUUGUCUGGUUGUUGGUGGGCUUUCAUUAAAGGCACAAGAGUCAGCUUUGAGAUUAAUGCCUGACAUUGUUGUGGCUACUCCUGGACGCAUGAUAGACCAUUUGCGCAAUUCCAUGUCUGUGGAUUUGGACGAUCUUGCAGUUUUGAUCCUUGAUGAGGCAGAUCGUCUUCUAGAGCUUGGAUUCAGUGCUGAAAUUCAUGAAUUGGUCCGUCUUUGUCCUAAAAGGAGACAGACUAUGCUGUUUUCAGCUACAAUGACAGAAGAAGUUGAUGAGCUUGUCAAGCUUUCUUUGACCAGACCCUUGCGUCUCUCAGCUGACCCAUCAGCAAAACGGCCAGCAACAUUGACUGAGGAGGUUGUAAGGAUACGUCGAAUGCGUGAAGUAAAUCAAGAAGCAGUUCUUCUGUCAUUGUGUUCAAAGACUUUCACAUCCAAAGUGAUCAUCUUCAGUGGAACCAAGCAGGCUGCACACAGGUUGAAGAUUUUGUUUCAGUUGGCUGGCCUUCAAGCAGCUGAGCUUCAUGGAGAUCUAACUCAAGUCCAGCGCCUUGAUGCCUUGGAUCGUUUUAGGAAACAGGAAGUUGAUUUUUUAAUUGCCACUGAUGUGGCUGCUCGAGGACUUGAUAUAAUUGGUGUUGAGACAGUUAUUAAUUAUGCUUGUCCUCGAGAUAUUACAAGCUAUGUUCACCGUGUUGGUCGGACAGCAAGAGCAGGUAGAGAAGGAUAUGCUGUUACAUUUGUGACUGACAAUGAUCGAUCUCUAUUGAAAGCCAUUGCAAAGAGAGUAGGUUCAAAGUUGAAGAGUCGGAUUGUUGCAGAGCAGUCUAUUGCUAAGUGGUCUCAGAAAAUUGAGGAGAAGGAAGACAAAGUGGCUGAAGUUAUUGAAGAGGAGAGGGCAGAGCGAGCCCUAAGAAAAGCUGAAAUGGAAGCAACAAAGGCUGAAAAUAUGAUCGCACAUAAGGACGAAAUUUAUGCACGACCUAAAAGAACCUGGUUUAUGACUGAAAAGGAGAAAAAGCUUGUAGCAAAGGCAGCAAAGGCAUCUGUAGAAACAGAAAAAGGUUCUGCAAAUGCUGUCAUCAGCGCCCAACAGGCUGAGGACCUUAAGAUGAAGGAAAAAAGGAAGCGAGAGCGCGAGAAAAAUUUACCUAGGAAGAAACGUCGAAAACUGGAAGCAGCCAGAGAAAUGUUGGAGGAUCAAAGUGAAAUGAAUGAAUCAGAAGGUAGUGGAAAAAAUAAGAAAGAGAAGGAAGGGAUAUCGUUGGUUGACUUGGCUUACAGGCGAGCAAAGGCAGUAAAAGCUGUAAAGAAGGCUGUAGAUUCUGGCAAAAUUGUGAAGAAAUCCAACAAGAAAUCGAAGCAUGCUAACCAAAGAACUCAAUCAAGGACAGAAGAGAUGCGGGAGCUAUUCCAAAAUGACAUGAGUGAGAAAAGGCAGAAAAGUACUAGUGGUGCAGGAAGGAAAAAGUCCAAGAGUUCAUUUAAGAGCAAAUCACGUUACAAGCGCAGGUAGCACAAGCACGACUACCUACUGGGUACCAAAUUUUGCAGCUCUCUAUGCUGGUGGGAGCAGCCUAUGGGUCAUAUGGUCCAGUCAGUAGACACUGCCAGAAGUGACUACAAUGAUCAGGAUCUGCACCGAUAAGGAGGGAGAAGGAUGAUGUCUGUGUUGUACACUGUCAUUAUAGAAUUAGUUUUCAAAUACUGCAAGGUAUUCAUUGUAAAAUGUAAAUGUUUUUGAAAAUGCGUUUAUUUUCAUAGAACCAAACGGACGAUUACAUCUGCAAUGAAAGUCAAUUUUGUU